GGAAGCGGCGCGGCGGCGGUGCGGUGCGAUGUGGCCGGCGGCGGCGGGGAGCGGCCCGGGCGCGGCGGCGGCGAGCGGCGGCGCCUGCGCCCUCCUCCUGCUGCUGCUGCUGGCGCUGGUGGUGCGGCAGCUGCUGAAGCAGCGGCGGCCGCCCGGCUUCCCGCCCGGCCCCGCGGGGCUGCCCCUCAUCGGCAACAUCCACGCCCUGGGCGCGGAGCAGCCGCACGUCUACAUGCGGCGGCAGAGCCAGAUCCACGGGCAGAUCUUCAGUCUCGAUCUUGGAGGUAUAUCUGCAAUUGUACUGAAUGGCUAUGAUGCAGUAAAAGAAUGCCUCGUUCAUCAAAGUGAAAUUUUUGCAGAUAGACCAUCUCUUCCCUUGUUUAAGAAGCUCACAAACAUGGGAGGCUUACUGAACAGUAAAUAUGGCAGAGGAUGGACAGAACAUCGCAAAUUAGCUGUAAAUACCUUUCGAAUUUUUGGAUAUGGUCAAAGGUCCUUUGAACACAAAAUUUCAGAAGAAUCUAUGUUUUUCCUUGAUGCCAUUGAUACGUACAAAGGCAGAGCAUUUGAUAUUAAGCACUUGAUAACAAAUGCUGUUUCAAACAUUACUAAUUUGAUUAUUUUUGGAGAACGUUUUACGUACGAAGAUACUGAAUUUCAGCACAUGAUUGAGAUUUUUAGUGAAAAUAUUGAAUUAGCUGCUAGUGCUUCUGUAUUUUUAUAUAAUGCUUUUCCUUGGAUUGGUAUCUUGCCAUUUGGGAAACACCAGCAGCUGUUUAAAAAUGCAGCUGAAGUCUAUGACUUUCUUCAUGAGCUUAUUGAACGUGUCUCUGAAAAUAGGAAGCCUCAGUCACCUCGACAUUUUGUAGAUGCAUAUCUAGAUGAGAUGGACUGCAAUGAAAAUGAUCCGGAGUCUACAUAUUCAAGAGAAAACUUAAUUUUCUCUGUUGGAGAACUCAUCAUAGCUGGGACAGAAACCACAACAAAUGUUUUAAGAUGGGCAGUGUUAUUUAUGGCACUUUAUCCAAACAUUCAAGGUCAAGUUCAAAAAGAAAUCGAUUUAGUCAUUGGCCCAAACAAAAUGCCUGCCUUAGAAGAGAAAUGCGAAAUGCCGUACACUGAGGCCGUUCUACAUGAAGUUCUAAGAUUCUGUAAUAUAGCUCCACUAGGUAUUUUUCACGCAACUUCCAAAGAUACUGUUGUGCGUGGUUACUCUAUUCCUGAAGGCACUACAGUCAUUACAAACCUCUACUCAGUUCAUUUCGAUGAAAAAUACUGGAGCAACCCAGAAGUCUUUUUUCCUGAGAGGUUUUUGGACAGCAGCGGGCAGUUUGUCAAGAAAGAGGCAUUUAUUCCUUUUUCUCUAGGAAGAAGACAUUGUCUUGGAGAACAACUAGCUCGAAUGGAAAUGUUUUUGUUUUUCACUUCAUUACUACAGCGAUUUCACCUGUGUUUUCCUCAUGGAGUGAUUCCAGAUCUCAAACCAAGGUUAGGCAUGACAUUACAACCGCAGCCGUACCUCAUCUGUGCGGAAAGACGGUGAAGAGAGGGGUCUAUAUUGGCACAAUGCUCCAAGUUGCAGCUGAGGAUCCACUUCGCCUUCUAUUUCUAAAUGUGUUCAUGUCAGAAGAACAAAAAUUUAAAGGAAUUGCAGAUAAAUUCUGACUGUUUGUGCAGAAGUUAAUAGUUUCUGUUUACUUGGUUUUCACAAAAAGGCCCUCAACCAAAAACAUGAAACACAACCUGUGUUUAAAGUUGAUGUUUUCACUCCAGAAGUCUGUUUUGAAUCUAACUUCUAAUUCAGUUUUUAAAUACUUAAUUACCUAGCAAGCCAUUUUACUUUGAAAGGAUAUUUUUAUAAACAUGGAGAAUAUGGCUUAAAAUGUUUAUACUCAGAUUUGUCUGUGGAAAUCUCAUUUACAUUACUCCAGCUAAGCUGUUCUUUAUAAUUCUCCAUUAAAUUUCCAUAGCAAAAAGGUUUUAAAGGUAUCUAUUUAAAUUUCUGUAACUCGGAAUAAACUAUCUUUUCCAGCCUUGACAAACAAAUUGUCUGUUAAAGUAUUUUAAUCCUCCCUUCUCCUUGUCCCAUCUUCCCAGUUGGUCAUAAUUUUCUAGUGAAUCAGAUAACUGUGUGAAUUCACUUUUAAGAACUUUUAU